AGUCGGCGGCGCAAAAUGGCGACGGCGACGGCGACGGCCGGGGCCGGGGCUCCGGGACCGGCGGCCCCCGCGGCAGCGGCCGGCACGCCGGCCUCCGGGGGCGCAGCUCCCGGGUCGCAGGGGGUGCUAAUUGGGGACCGGCUGUACUCCGGGGUGCUCAUCACUCUGGAGAACUGCCUCCUGCCGGACGACAAGCUCCGCUUCACGCCGUCCAUGUCGAGUGGCCUCGACACUGACACGGAGACCGACCUCCGCGUGGUGGGCUGCGAGCUCAUCCAGGCGGCCGGCAUCCUGCUCCGCCUGCCGCAGGUUGCCAUGGCUACCGGGCAGGUGUUGUUCCAGCGGUUCUUCUACACCAAGUCCUUUGUGAAGCAUUCCAUGGAGCACGUGUCAAUGGCCUGUGUUCACUUGGCCUCCAAGAUAGAAGAGGCUCCACGACGGAUACGGGACGUCAUCAACGUGUUUCAUCGCCUUCGACACCUGAGAGAGAAAAAAAAACCUGUGCCUCUACUGUUGGAUCAAGAUUAUGUUAACUUAAAGAAUCAAAUUAUAAAGGCAGAAAGGCGAGUUCUCAAAGAGUUGGGUUUCUGCGUCCAUGUGAAGCACCCUCACAAGAUAAUCGUUAUGUACCUUCAGGUGUUAGAGUGUGAGCGUAACCGACACCUGGUCCAGACCUCAUGGGUAGCCUCUGAGGGUAAGUGACUAAGACUUCUCCUCUCCUGUCCAAGCGCUUCGGUGCAGGGACAGCGGCCGUCCUCAGCCAAUCCAGUGCAGGCUCUCCGCCGAAGGCUGGCUCUAGAUGGUGGUAUGCGCACGAUAGUCUAGUGCUGGCCCACUGCUGCUGUGGUUCUCUGACGAUUGUGCUUCUUGUUAAUCCUCUGUCGUGCUUGGUAAUUGUAUUGAUUAGAGUUGAUAACUGUCUUGACAUGAAUUUUGUCCAUUUGAAACUGCUCUACCUGUGCAAUAAAGAUGCAGUACCUUUCUCUUUAAAAAAAAUGGGAAGCUGUGAAAACUGGCUGGUGGGAGUUCAGACAAGUGUGGAAUGGUGUUUUUAUUUCUGAAAGUCCUAGAGUUGCUGUUUCAGCACUAAGUGUUGACACAGUCUAGUAAAAGGUGUGCAUCUUUAAAUCAUUCCAUGGACACUUUUUAUAUUGUGACUUAUUUCAAAAAUAGCACUUAAGUUUAUGUUUUGAGGACUUCAUUUGUAUUUUUUUAGGACCUAAGAGUAAACGGUUUAAUAAUAUUAUCACUAUCUGAAUACUAAAGUUUUUCUUAUUAGAACCAAAAAAGUUACUGACGGUUAUGUUUAUCAAAUGUUUGAACCGUUUACUUGCAACUCUCGGGACAUGUGGCCUUGGCUCCAUCACACAGGCUUUUCCUUGGUCCCCUCUGGGUGCCUGGAGCAAGAGCUUCGGAGCCAGGUGCUGCUAGUGGGCAGACGGAGAAUUUAUCACUGAGGAAUUUCUCCGUGGGUUUGUAGGUCACCUUCUCCAGGAUUUUGGGCAGAGAUAACCAGGGUGGGGGGUGCAUCAGUCAGACCCCAGCACGACUUGGCUCCCCUCUGGAUGGAGCCUGGUACCAUGGGGGGAUGUUACGAGCACUAAAUACGUGACCUGUGCAACUGUUUUCUUGUGAAAUUAGUCUUUUGUUUUUGCAAUGUUGAUAAAGUUAAGGUGAGAUCUGAUUUUUGGUCUAUUAAAUCUUAGAGAAAUAUAUCUAAAUGAAAAUGUUGAAAAUGUAGCCAAUGUCAAAACUCUUUAAUUUUUUUAAAAAUGCAAAUGUUUUGUAUUUUUAUAUCUUCUAAAAUGUGAUAAAGUUUUUUAAAUGUCCUGAUUGUGAUGAAACUUGUAGUAUUUUGUUGCUUUUAUGUGAUUUUAUGAAUGUUCAUUUUAAGACUCCUUGUUGAAAUGGGACAGUUUGGAAACGGUUCUUUGAUAAGCCUGAGAAGAGGAUUUCCCUUGGGGCACUGAGCCCUCUGCAUGAUGUUCCCAUACACCCAAGGGCGUUUUACCCCCUUUUCAAGUGGACUCCCCGUGUGGAAGAAGCCACGCCGUGAGCACCUCUCCCCGGAAAAGGAGUGCAAGAGGACGACUUGUCUCAGAAAGGCCCUCGCAGGCUUUGUGCUGAGCCCGUUCAUUUGAGUUUGCAUGUUUCUCUGCACCAUGGAUUUUGAGCAUUUAGGUUUCCUUAAUCAGAUACGUUGAACUGCCACAGUAGACAUCUUUCUGAGGCACUGUGUUUUGCAUGAGAGCAGGCCAAAGGUUGAGAGGGAAAAGUAAAGUUAAAGUCGGUUCUCUUUCAUAGCAACACAUAUUGUCUGACAUUCAGCCAGCUUUAAAAAAUUUUUUCAGUUAUUUCCCUGUCUUCCUGUCGUGUAUUCAGAAGAAGCAGCUAGAACGUUUCUCCAUGAACUUGUGAGAUCCACAGGACUGUCUAGCUCUAAGUCCUGGCAGUAGACUUACUUAGUGGAGCAGUGACUUGACUUAGACAGUGCAGACAGGUGGUGUGGGCAUUGCCACGGGCGUUGCAAUUCUUCCUGCAUCUGCUUUUCAGG